UGUUUCUAGCUGACAGGGCUGGAGAGAGGAGUGACUGAACAGAGCUGAACAGCUGCACAAAGGAAACAAAAAGGAAGUGUGUUGUUGUUACCCUGCCAGUGAGGCUCAUUUGGGGGGUAAAAGCGCAGGACAACGUUUUUUUUAAAUUAUUUCUGUGAGGCAGGGAUAGCUUUCAAGGGACCUGUUCUCUUAAAGCUCUUAGAAUACGACUUGAUAAGCCAUGACGAGAACACUUGGACCAGUGGUGCUCCUGUGUGCUCUAUGCUGCUGCCUAGCGGACAAUGUGGAGUUGCUCCGCACUAAGAGAGGGACUCGUUUUUACAGAGGUGAGCCUGACAGUCGGCCAGCAAGACGGACGCUUUUGAUUAUUCAUGUCCAGAAGUCUACACCUUCCUUUGACACCUCCUCACAUUGUUUGGAUAGUGCAACGUCAGCAGUUCAUAGAUUUGGGGACACUUGGCUGCGAUGGAGUGGACAGCGUGUGGAGUAUUGCCGUUGUGCAGUAAGAGGACGAGAGCGUUGUCACGUUGUGCCCGUCAUCCACUGCUACGUGUCUCAGUGCUACAACGGAGGAACCUGUAAGGAGGCAGUUUACACUUCAGACUACAUUUGCCAGUGUCCCCCAGGUUUCAGUGGGACUCAGUGUGAGAUAAACACCAAUGAGAAGUGCGUUUUGGGGCAGGGUGAAGGGUACCGCGGCACAUGGAGCAUUAGCCAUUCAGGAGCAGAGUGCAUCAACUGGAACUCCACGUCUCUGAGAGGAAAGAAGUUCACAGCCAGGAAAGCAGACGCCAGCAUUCUUGGACUGGGCAACCACAACUUCUGCAGAAACCCUGACAAUGACAACGCUCCUUGGUGUUACCUCUAUAAAGGCACUCAGAUCGUUUGGGAGGUUUGUUCCAUGCCCAAAUGUCCAGCAGAUAGGUACCAAGAAUGUGUGCUGGGCUCGGGUCAGUCAUACAGAGGCACUGCAUCUGUCACUAAGAGCGGCUCUCGCUGUCUGCCCUGGGAUUCUCCUUCAAUUAAACGCAAGCUCUACAAUGCUUGGAGAUCUGAUGCACUGGAGCAGGGACUGGGAAGCCACAGCUACUGCAGGAAUCCAGACGGUGAUGCAGGUCCAUGGUGUCACACCUACAAGAACAUGCAGCUGAUCUGGGAGCUGUGUGACAUACCUAAAUGCUCAAGACGUCCAUCUAUCAUCAGCACUCUCGGCCCACGUGCCCCCACCACUAACAACAAUAACAGAGCAACAUGUGGGCAGCGCUUGGACAACACCUUGAACCGCCCGUCGUUCCGUAUGUUUGGGGGCAGAGAGAGCGACAUCACGGAGCAGCCGUGGCAGGCGGCCAUUAACGUUUACCAGGCCCGCCACAGAAAACACUUUCACAGAUGUGGAGGUGUCCUCAUUGACUCCUGUUGGGUUCUGUCUGCUGCACACUGCUUUGAAGACAAUGAUAAAGCUGAGAAAUUGGAAGUGAUUUUGGGAAGAACGUUUCGGAAACAGAAUUCCAGCAGCGAGCAGAUUUUCAAGGUUGAGAAGUACUGGAAUCACGAGAAAUUUGACAACGAAACGUUUGACAAUGACAUUGCUCUCUUGAAGCUAAAGACGGACAUUGGCAUCUGUGCUGUAAACUCUCCAGAGGUUCUCCCUGCGUGUCUGCCGGACAGCGGGCUUGUGCUGCCGGACUGGACCGAGUGUGAGAUCUCAGGCUAUGGAAAAGACUCAGAGUUUUCUGCAGAGUUCUCUGAGCGUGUUAAAAGAGGUUACGUUCGCCUGUGGCCCAAAGAGCGCUGCAUCCCAGAGGUGCUGUCUCAACGUACAAUAACCUCCAACAUGCUGUGUGCAGGUGACACCCGAGGCCUGGAUGAUGCCUGCAAGGGAGACUCUGGUGGCCCGCUCGUCUGCCGCAACAACGACAAGAUGACUCUGAUGGGUGUGAUCAGUUGGGGCGACGGGUGUGGGCAGAAGGAUAAGCCUGGGGUUUACACCCGCGUCACCCAUUACAUCGACUGGAUUAACAGUAUAAUUAAGGCAAACCCAGUCUAAAUUAAGGAAGGAAUGAAGAAGAUUUUGAAAGAUGACCGUACCCACAAACAUAGUGGGUAGAACAGCAAACACAGAUAUGUUUAUCAUUGAGAAGAUAGACAGAGAGAUCAACAGGACUCUCACUCUGUUGUUUAUCUAAAUCCAAACUAAUGGAGGUUCUAAACCAGCAGGAGCACUCCUACAGGAACGCACAAGAAAGACCUCAAUCACAGUUUUCAUGUUCAAAGUAGCUCUGUGUUUCGUUUUUUUUCUGUUCCUAACUGUGUUUAACGUGACAGUACAAAUGGACAGAAACACAGGACAAACUCUUUUUGCCCUUCGGGGUCAUCUUGACCUAAAUAAUAAUUGUUGUCUCUUCAUGCAAGCAGAGAAUAAUGUGUUUCUGAAUAUGUCUUCCAACAAAAUGGACAGGAAAAAUAGGGAAUGUCCGUACAUCCCUCUUGUCUUUGUGGCGGUCCUUAUGCCGGUUUAUACUUCAGGUCAGAUGUGCUUUUAGUCCAAAAGAACACUCCACACAGGAAUGAAGGCAUUACAAAAAGAUUGUGUUGCAGGUUUUAUGUUAUGCUGUUUUAUAUGUUUUAAUGUAAUUGUAAGUUCUGCAUCAGCUUACUUUGGGGCUUUAGGGGAUCAAGACCGAAACACUAAAUGUAUCUGCUGGCUCAGAUUCUGCUUGUUUUCACAGUUUGAACUCCUGUAAGUCUUUUAGAUAUUAAAUUUGGAACAGGAGGUAGCAUGGAGAUACUCCUAUACAAAAACCUGUGCUCUGUUCGUUGUUCUCACUACGUCUUUAAAAAUCAGAUUCCCAGAGCACUCCUCCGACAGACACCUGGGUUGAGCCCAGCAUGUACAUAGCCUAACAUGUAUAUUGUCUGAAUAUUGAUUUUAUGUUGUUUUGUUCUAUGUUAUAUAUUAUACUGCUUAUUGACUGCAAAAACUUAACAAAAUCCUUUUGUUCUCUGACUGGGUUUUAAAUGUUUUUUUUACUAAGUUAAUAUUUAUGUGUAUUUUAUAUUGUAUUAGAGAAAGUAAUAUUUGUGCUGUGUGACUGUAGUAUGGUAAUUUAUUAUCUCUGUCAUUAUAACCACAUCUAGCAACAUACUCCUUUGUUAAUAAAUAAUAUUUGGAAUAUA